UCACUCACAUUACGUGUUACAUGGCAAGACACGACUCAAUCAGAUGAUGUGCUCUGACUGAAUCUGAGUCUGAAGGCAAAGUCAAAAUUGUUGAAGUCAUCUUUCCAGUUUACAUGGUUUGUGUGUUUGAGUCCGUCUCUCUUGUUGUGUGGAGGUGACCUUCUAUGUGACAUGGUCUGCAAUGUCCGCUACAUGCAGCUACAAGUGAUAUUACGUUAGUUGUGGAUUCCAGCAGUUACCUAACAACACCGUGACUGGCUAUACUCAAUUAUCUCCUAGUGUUUCAAACAGUCGAGAGUAGAACACCAGCUGGAGAUGGUAAAACAAUGUUUGUACAGCCGAGGCAGGCUGAGUUUUGUGGCCUACCCGGAACGCAACUGUCAACACAACGUUGCUGGACAAUUCGUCACAAGUUCCGUACGGUCAAAAUUCUGCUGAGAAUGUCACAGGGAAUGGACAUUUCGUUUGAUAAAUUCCCUACAGUCCACAUUCCACUGGCUAUGUGACCGAUAGUGGACAUUUCGUCACAGGCCCCGUAAAGUCGACAUUCUGUUAGGCAUACGACUCGGAUUGAACAGCAGUUUAUCAGCUCGGUGAUCUGGUGAUACAACCUUCGACGGUAGCGUGGCGGAAGAUCUGGACCCUUCUCAAGACCUCCACUCGCACCUACCACUGCAGACAGCAGCAGCAGCAGCACCCUCACCCAGUGACACGAUGAUAAGUGUGGAUAAACCAGUUCGUCCACAUCAUGUCACUGGUGAUGAUCACUGGCCAUCAUUCCACUAUCAUAUGUACUCCGCUCUAGACGGUGUGCCCGGACUUCAGCCCGUCUACUCAUUCUGGAACGAUCCAUACCGUGAUCGCCCAAAGGGAAUCAAAUACGGCGCAGAGAUGGCCAACAGGACGGCAUCGUGGAGCAAUCCCAGUACCCGCGUUGUUCAUAUGUUCCACACUCAGUACUGGGGAAACUGGAUGUUUCAGCUUGACAGCGUGAAUACAAAAAAACACGAGCUGUAUUUCAAGUACGGUGGUUGGCAAGAAGCGCGCGGUGGAAAUGCUGGUAAGAAUCAUUACUACGUUGAGAACAUAGCCGAGGAGUUGGACUCGCCGGGAGAGUGGUUUUUGGACACAGACACAUCAACACUCUAUUUCUACCCUAAUGCCACACAAUGUGCUGAUCUGCAGCAUGCUGAAGUGAUUGCUCCGCAGCACUCCAGUCUAGUGCAGUUACGUGGCAGCGGUUCCUCACGUCCCGUCAGGAACAUCCACUUUGCCGGUCUGACGUUCACUGAAACGCGUACCACGUUUCUGGAUUACUACGAGCUGCCGUCGGGCGGUGAUUGGUCCAUACAUCGCGACGCCGCGUUCUUCAUUCAAGACGCCUCGGACUGUACGGUGACGAAUUGUACGUUUGACGCGGUCGGCGGCAACGCUAUCUUCCUGUCCGAGUAUGUACGCAACUGCACCGUAUCGCACAACGAGAUCACACUGACAGGCGACAAUGCCGUCGUGGCGGUCGGGCGUGCGGGUAUGAUGGACGGCAUGCAGCCCUCGUACCCGGCCCGUAAUCUCAUCAGCAACAAUCACAUCCACGAUUUCGGUAUGUACGGCAAGCAAGUCUCCUGCUACUUCCAGGCGUUAGCCUGCGGGAACAUGUUCGUAGACAAUGUCUGUUAUAACGGUCCCCGUGCUGGUAUCAACUUCAACGAUGGCUUUGGCGGUGACACUCUCCUGCGCGGAAACCUGAUCUUUAACAUGGUGCGUGAGACCGAUGACCAUGGGAUGUUUAACAGCUGGGAUAGACAACCCUACAUCACGCCAGCACAGUGUACCGAUGGGCCGCCAAGUAUCGUGCCAGCGCCGAAUCACAUCACGCAGAACUUCAUCAUCAAUGGUUACGCAGGCCGCUGGUCUAUUGACCACGAUGACGGGUCGGCGUACUACAACAACAGUGGUAACUUUAUGGUGUUUGGCGGAGUGAAGGCAUACCUAGGGCACGACAAGAUGACCGGACCGGGCAAUGUCAUCGUCUAUCCGGGAAUACCCGCUCGUUCGGCUGGCAAACGUGCCUGUCAGUGUGAUGAUAACGGUGAGUUUGCCGAUCAGUACUACAUUGGUAACCAGUGCUUCACGCCCGAUGGUGUCUUCUACACGCUGUACAAAUGUGACCCGCAAACCCUCGCACAGCACGUCUUCCAAACAAGGAACAACCGUCACUACUCACCCCAGGCAAACUUCCGUGUGCAGUGCGGCAAGAAGACGUUCACGUUCGCCGAAUGGCAGGCGGCCGGCCAGGACUUCAAUAGCUCUGUGUCUGACCUACCGUCACCUGAGCAAAUAGUCGUCAUUGGCAUGAGUGUUUUGCAGCAAGUCUGAGAUAUAAAAUUAAUGAUCUCAGUUUUGUGCCAUUUUGUUGCACUCGCUGACUGUUUAAGAUCUGGUUACGUUGGUGGACAGUUAGUCAUAACUCGUAACAUUUUGUCCUUCUUCUUUUCACAAUAAUUUAAUUGGCUCACCAUCCGAGCUGAAUAUUGCACACCUGAUGAGCCGUCAUGACCUAUACGGCGAAACGUAUGUCGUUUGGAACUACUUGUUAUUGUACAUAACUAGUCCAUCAUACAUGAUAGUGGAGUUCAGUAGGAUGUUGACUUUGUCACAAUUCGUCUUCGCUUAGCUUCCCCUUUCUACGUUUAUUGCAUAAACUUGAGCCUCCCAAGUUGGGUGGUCUGUUGC